AUGCAGUGCUAUACCUUCAUUCGCACAUGGCUGCAACUUAGAAAGAACGGAUGCAGCAACCCAGCAGCAACAGCAGCAGCGCGCUCCUUCGCUUACCCUCCUCUUGCUGCCGAUGAAGACGCAGCAGCAGCAGCAGCAGCAGCAGGAGCAGGAGCAGCAGCAGGAUUAGGAUCGGGGCUGCAGGAGGAGCAGCAGCAGCCGCUUCCGAGGCGCAGCAGAUGGAAGCAGCUGCUGCUGCUGUGCUGGCGUUUGCCUUUGCUGAGAUAUCUCUGUUAUUCUUUAUCUAUUGCUACGUGGAUUCUUAUUCCCCUCAGCUUCAAUCAUUAUACUGUCGAUGUGCUGCUGGCGUUAAUGUUUGGGUUUCUAUGGUGGGUUGCUUAUCACCUUAUUCUUACUAUUGAGCUCGUGAAUAAGAGCAGCAAGACUGCUGCUGCUGCUGCUGCAGCAGCAGCAGCAGCAAAUGCUGCUGAUAAUGAUACCAAAAUGCUGCAGGAACAACCGCAUCAACGCUCAGGCUGCUGCUGUUGCCAGCAGCGAAGACACCAAGCAGCAGCAGCAGCAGCAGCAGCAGCAACAUCAGCGGCUCCCCUAGAGAACAACAACCCCAUUAACAACCUCGCGCACCCUGUGCAGCCAGUAGUAGCAGCAGCAGAAGGAGAAGCAUCAGCAGCAACAGCAGUCCUGAACAUCAGCAACAGCAUACAGCGGGACACUGCGCAGGAGACCGGCUCCAGCUUAGAAGAGCUGCAGCACGAUGCAGCAGCAGCAGCAGCAGCAGCAGCAGCAGAUUCCCCGCCAGACAGAGCAAUUAUGUGCUGGAAGAAUGAGGAGAAUGGUGGCAGCAGCAGCAGCAGCAGAGGUGUAGCAGGGCAUACAGGCAACAGCCCCAAGGGGUUCUGCUGCAGCUGCGGGUCUUCUUGCUGCUGCUGCUGCUGCCGCUGCUGCUGCUAUCCUGGGGACUUCAGCGCAUUCAAUUUGCACUGGGUGCUAGAGUUCCCUAUUCUACAGCCUUUUAGCUGGUGCAUCCGCAAGCUAGAAGGCAUCUAA